CCUGGCCCCCCUCUUUUCCCCUUGGCAGCCCCCCGCUGGCCGCUCAAGACCUGCGCCAGGCCCCCCACAUCCCGAAGAGCCACGUCUCUGCUCACCCGGAGAAAGGACCGGGAAGGGGGCUGAGCCCACAGGCCAUGCCGGGGCGGUCCCCCCGCCAGCCGCCCAGAGCCGGCCCCGGUCCCCUCCCACCCCCCGGCCGGGCCCGUUCUCGGAACCAGAGGCAGCACCAACCUCGGGGAGGUGGCCGUGGCCCCCGGCCUUCGCACAGCCUCUUUGUGGACCAGCCUGGGCUCCGUCGCCCCGCCGAACCCGACAUUUGGCUGCUGCACCGGAGCAGCCCCCUUCAGUUCCACGCUAGGGGGCAGAGGGCCCAGGCCGAGGCCCCCCAGUGGAACCUCUACUCCCCCGGCACCGAGACCUUCCACUGCGAGGGGGAAAGCAGGCAGUUCAAAGCGUGCAGGCAGGAGCCGUGUCCUCCGGACCGCCCCGACCCCCGUGCUGUCCAGUGUGCAGCCUACAACCAUCAGGAGUUCAUGGGCCGGUUCUACCAGUGGGAGCCCUUUAUGGACGUGUGGGGCUCCCAGCGCUGCGAGCUGAAUUGCCGUCCCCUCGGUUAUCGCUUCUACGUCCGCCACACGGAGAAAGUGCAGGACGGCACGCCCUGCGAGGCCUCGUCCCAGGACAUCUGCGUGGCCGGGCAGUGCCUUACCCCUGGCUGUGACGGGAUCCUGGGGUCGAACCGCACAUUGGACAACUGUGGAGUGUGCGGUGGGGACCACACCACGUGCAGACUGGUGGCCGGCAAUUACAGCAAGACGCACGUCCCCAUCGGGUACCACCGCAUCUUGGAGAUCCCGGCAGGGGCCACUCAGAUCCAAGUCCGAGAAAUGGCCCGCAGCCCCAACUAUUUAGCCCUUCGAACCCACAGCGGCAAAUCGAUCAUCAAUGGAAACUGGGCGGUGAACCCUCCGGGGCGCUACGAGGCAGCGGGCACGGUCUUCGUGUACAGCGACCGGGAGGAGGGCGAGCUCCUGACGGCGGAAGGACCCACCACCAAGCCCGUAGAAUUGUAUAUGAUUUUCCAGCAAGACAACCCCGGGGUGUCGUACCAGUUCUUCCUGGCUCAGCUGGAGGACUCCCGUCCCGACGUUCAUCGGCCUCAGGAGGAGCUGGGCGCCCUGACCGCGGUGGAGCCUCCAGCCAGCCAAACACGUCCGCUGCCUCCGGCUAACCGACGGGCCCAGGGUUCAGCCCAGCUGCCCCUUCCCUCCAGCUCGUGGGGAAGGCCCCGUGGCGCGCCCCCCCAUCCUGCCUCAGCCGGCCAAUCACGAAGGAGCCUAGGGACCCUGCAGCGCAGUGCCCGGGUCCCACCGCUGCCGCCCCCCCCGCCCCCUGUCCAGCACCAGUCCCAGCCCGGCCACGACUUUUACUGGAGGCGAUUCGGCAACACGGAGUGCUCCGCCUCGUGUGGGAAGGGUUUCUGGCAGUCCAUCUACCGCUGCAUCUCUCGCGUUUCCCAAGAAGAAGUCGGAGAAGAAAAAUGCCGCUUGGUCCCCAAACCGCACGUGCUGGAAGAGAUCUGCAAUACGGAGCCUUGCCCAGCCUACUGGGAUGCGGGCGAGUGGUCGGCCUGCAGCAAAUCCUGCGGCCUGGGAACUCAGCACCGCCAAGUCCUCUGCCGGCAGAUCUACGCCAACCGCACGACGAUGGUGCACCCGCAGCGCUGCGGCCACCUGGAGAAGCCGAACGCCACCCAGAACUGCCAAGUGCAAAUUUGCAGCCACUGGGAGGUCCACACCAACUGGAGCUCGUGCUCGGUCCUUUGCGGCACAGGCCACCGGACACGCCACGUGCGUUGCAUCAGUAACCACGGAGACCUCUUGAGGGACACGGACUGUCCGGACAACCACCGGCCCCAAACCAGCGAGGCUUGCCACAUGGGCCCUUGUGUGCGGACCUGGUUUUACAGUGACUGGAGUAACACAUGCUCGGCCGAUUGUGGCACCGGUAUCCAGCGCCGCUCGGUGGUCUGUCUCUCCGGCAAUGCCGACGGGCAGGCGGAUGAAGACUGCACCAGCCCCAGGCCGGCUGACAUGAGGGCUUGCGAUGGCGGGCCGUGCCAGCGUGUGACUCGGUGGUACGAGGGCCCCUGGAGCGCGUGCUCGACCGAGUGCGGCGCCGGCUCCCAGAGGCGCGACAUCAUCUGCGUGAGCAAACAGGGGACGCAGUUCAACGUGACGGAGGCUUCCGAGUGCGCCCAUUUGGAGAAGCCUCCUGCCCUCCAGCCCUGCCUCGGCACGGACUGCGAGGCCCGCUGGUUUUCCACCGACUGGAGUGCGUGCUCCAGAUCCUGCAUGGGGGGCGUCCAGGCGAGGGAAGUCCAGUGUCUGACGCAGAACAAGACUGUGAGCGCCCUUUGCCCCCCUCACCUCAAGCCGGCCACGAAACGCUCUUGCAACAGCCAGCCCUGCUUUCCCGCGCUUGAUGAGGCCUGCAGAGACAAAUACCCCAACUGUGCUGUGAUUGUGCAGGCCCGGCUCUGUGUCUACUCGUACUACAAGGCGGUCUGUUGCGCCUCCUGUUCCCACGCUCUGGAGAGGCGCCACGCUGACCCGAACCGGUAGCAUCGGCGGGCUCGGGCAGAGGGGAUCGCGUCCUGCUCCCUCCUCGAACGGGGAGAGGACGGAGGGGGUGGGCUGGGAGGAGAGUGCCAAGCCUUCGAAAGCGUUUCUUCGGCCGAGAAGGAUUCGAACUCAGGGCUCCGACGGACCCACCAGCAUCCUGUCCCGUACCCUUCCCGGAGGGAGCGUCCCAUAAGGUAGCCAAACUUGGGGGGGGGGGGUAA